AUAAAGUACAUAUCAGCUUUUGAAAAACGAACCAAUAAAACGUUAAAAUUGUAAAAUUGCACCGAUUUCAAUAGGUGUAAGAGUAAGUCCAAAAUACAGUUUCCUAAUAAUGAUCACUUAAUAAACGGAAAUUAGAUAUUGCAUGGGUUUGCAAGUAUGAUUCAGAUAAUAAUCAUAUAUGCAGAUAAAACUAUAUGAACGAGUAGUGAAUGCAUAAGAAAUUCAAUGUUAAAUUAUAAUUUGGAAAUUAUAGUUUAUUGAUAGGUAGCACAUUGACGUUAGGUUUGGAUUUACAAAAACAUGCGUACGGAAUAGGGAGUGCCUGAUAUAAUCCAAUGAAACAGGGAUCAAAGCCAUUCAGAUGGUGUCACGUGUAAAGGCAAAAAGCGAGGCCAACGGCUGAGAUGAGCUCUUCUUCUGCUGCAGCAGCACGCAAAAGAGUUGGCGGUUACCACUGUCAAAAUAAAAAGGCCCAAAACGCACACACCAAUCCCACUUGAAAUGGAGGCCAACUACUCCGUCCUCUGCGGCUCCUACGGCGUCCGCACCACCGUCACCGCCAAGGCGUCCGUCGUGCGCAGAUGGGUCUACAACAUCCGCUACCGCCACCGCUUCCGCCUCCGCCUCCGCCGUCUCGUGGUGGGACUGGGAGUCCAGUGGGUCCCCGGCCACGACUUCUCCGCCACCCUCCAGCUCUGCGUGGGGACGAACUGCCUCAUCUUCCAGAUCGACCGCGCCCGCCACUGCCCCGCCAUUCUCCGCCGCUUCCUCGUACACCCUGACGUCAUCUUGGUCGGCCUGUGGAACCGCAUGGACGCGGGCAUGCUGAUACGGUCGCGGCACGCCGUGAAAGUGGGGCGGCUGGUGGAUGUGCGGAAUGUGGCGAACGAUUUCAUGGGUUGCCACCUGGGGGCGUCGACGGGGCAGCUGGCCGAGGAUAUUUUGGGGAUGCAUGGGAUGUACAAGGAUGAGCUGGUGGGGCGGAGCGACUGGAAUGCUGAGACACUCAACGGGGAGCAGGUAAAGUAUGCAUGCCAUGAUGUUUUUCUUGCUUUCUUGAUGGCCAAGAAACUUAGGGUUUGGAAUUGGGAAGACUAUGAUUGAUCUCGUCUGUUUCUUUUUUUUUUUUUUUUUUUGAGACCUCGUCUGUUUCUUUUCAUAUCUUCAUUUUGUGGGUAAUGGGAUUUCCACAUUUUGGUGAAAUUCUUCCAACCAGAAAUAUUGAAGAAAUUUUAAAUGUGGAGGAGUGAAAUAUUUUUCAAUUUGCAGUGUUUUAACGGAUUUGAUUUGAUGAAAUGGAUGAUAUUAUGUUGAAA